AUGGCCACCACUGCAGUGACCACGCGAGCAUACCCAAAGCGCAAGAGAGCUGAAAUCUCAUACCACGAGAGCAGCUCCGAUGAGGUAGAAGUAGACGACGAGUACGGUGCCUCAGAUGGGAAACUCACGGCGAGGUCAAGAAAGAAGCUCAAAGCUAGCCAUACCGCUGUCUCCACCAAGACCCUCCCCAAACGCAACAUCUUCCCAUUCACAUCGCUCCCAGCAGAGCUCAAGAAUCAAAUCUACGCUCUAUCCCUCAUAGAUCCAGACGGAAUUUUUCUUAUCUCAAAGACCAAACAAUAUCGCCGCACCAUCCAACGCUCAGUCCCCUACACCGUCAACUCAAGCGGCAAACGGCUAUUACCGCAGAAGUCGCGCCUACCGAUACCAGCCACAAUCACUUCCAUUGAACACCUCCCCAGCUGCCACCAUACCCGUCCUCACGCCCAAUGUUCUCCUUCUCAACCGCACAAUCUAUGCCGAAACCCAACCCAUCCUCUACGCCGGCAACACCUUCGCUGUUGA